AUGACCGAUUCGAAACUCCAGCAAGCACCAUUUGUGAAGCAAUUAGCGGCGAAUGACCGGCCAACCCGCGAUAAAGCUGUAGCGUCGCUGCGCAGCUACCUUUCCUCGCAACGCAAUUUCACUCAGAUAGAGCUUUUGAAGUUAUGGAAAGGACUUUUUUACUGCAUGUGGCUGUCGGAUCGCCCACGGACUCAGCAGCGACUCGCUGCCGACCUGGCAGAGCUUUUAACACCUAUGGAGGAGAAGAAUUUUGUGUUGUUUCUUGAAGCAUUUUGGAUUACCAUGGUUCGGGAAUGGAACGGAAUCGAUGUGUUGAGGAUGGACAAAUUCUUGCUGCUCGUCAGAAUGUACCUGGCGAGUAGCUUCAGAUACAUGCGUGGAAGGAAUUGGGAUGCCGGUCUCGUUGAGAGUGUUGUGAAGGUUAUAAAGGAGGUACCUUUAAAUCCUACUGACAACAAAGUACCCAACGGCCUUCGGUUUCAUUUGACGGAUAUUUUUGUGGAUGAGCUAGAGAAACUGAGUCCAGAAGAUAUGAAGGACCCUUUGCCUGCUGAACAGCUAGUCGAGCCAUUUCAAAUACUGAGCGUAAAGUCACCGACUAAAAUGGUCAGGGUAAAAGCAAAGGAAUUAUUGCUUGACGGGAGAUUGGCCAACUGGGGAUUUGAAAAGGCUCCGGAGGGCGAGAUUAAGAAAAAGGUUGCUCAAACGGAGCCCGAAAGCGAAGAUGAGGAUGAAGAAAUGGAAGAUGAAGAAUGGGGCGGUAUCGAUGAUUAA